UAUUUCCAAAUCUAUAUUGUUUUCGUCAUCAGUUUCUGCCAUAAUUACUUAUAAUGUAUAUAAAUCGUUCCGCUUGGUUAUCAAUCUUUCCCCCACAAAGAAAUGGUUAGCAGUGAGGUGUUGAGUCCUUAUCGAGAAAAAGAAAGAAAAAGGAAAAAAAAUUCAAAGAUUCAAUCGAUCAUCCUAAUGGGCUAUAGUCUUUUGAUCUUUUACGUACUGAGAUAUUGAGCUUUAUGUUAGGGAACUAGAUUAUUAUCAAUUUUUAAUUUUUUUUCUCCAUUGGAUGUUCAUAAGACCCAAAAAAUAGAUAAAAGAAAUGUCAAAUCGGUCCUUUUCUGGUCUAGUUUGGUUCGAAGGUCCUUCCAUUUUGGUGCUGGGAAAUUGAUUCAGUUUUUGUGCCUUGUCUGGUCUAGUUCAGUUCAGAUGUCAUUAAAAAUAAAUAGCUCAGUUCAGUUUUUGGUUUGGUUUAAUAACUUAAAUACUUUUUGUGCUGAUGGUUUCUAAUCUGUAUGGAAGAAAAGAUUCACGAUCUGUUGGGGCUAUUGCUGGAUUUGCUGUUGCAAUAAUUUUCACAUGGAGGCUGUUGAGGUCGCCUAAUGGACAUCAGAGACAACAACCAAAAAGGCAAAUGCCUGCACCUAGUAGUUCUAGUGUUGCGUUAAAUUCAAAUGCAGAAUUUAUAUCUUCAGGAGUUUGUUCAUCUUCAGAGGAUUCAAGAGCGCAAAAUGUUGUUGAUGAGUUCUUCCAGCCAGUGAAGCCAACUCUUGGCCAAGUAGUGAGGCAGAAAUUGAGUGAAGGAAGAAAGGUAACAUGUCGUUUGCUUGGAAUAAUUCUUGAGGAAAACAGUCCAGAGGAUCUGCAGAAACAAGCCACUGUGAGGUCCUCGGUAUUGGAAGUACUGUUGGAGAUUACGAAAUAUUGUGAUCUUUAUCUCAUGGAAACAGUGUUGGAUGAUGAGAGCGAAAAAAGAGUUAUUUUGGCACUUGAAGAUGCGGGGGUUUUCACAUCUGGUGGUCUGGUCAAAGACAAGGUUCUCUUCUGUAGCAUAGAAAACGGCCGAACAUCUUUCGUUCGUCAACUGGAACCCGAUUGGCAUAUAGAUUCAAAUCCCGAAGUCAUUUCUCAGUUAGCUAGGUUCAUCAAAUAUCAACUUCAUAUAGCUCCAAUGAGACAUGAGCGAACCGCUUCUAACGUCUUCAGCUCUCCGUCCUUGGAACAGUUCUUUGGAAACAUUUGACAGGAAAACCAGUUUAAGAAUGGAAUUAAUUUUCAAAAAUAUAAUUUUUCCAUUUUAUUUGCCCUUGUUGGCUGUAAGUGCAUUAGACCCUUACGUUCCUUCUGGUUCUUCUGGAACUAAGCUUAGUCUGCACUCAGGCCGCGGUUGCUGCCUGCUGGUGUUAGAAAAAAUAGAUGUACCAUGUUUUUUUUCUUCCCUUUUUCUUUUUGUUUUGUUUCUGCAAAGAUCUUUUGGGGUUCAUCUUGUGUUAUCUUGUUAUAGCAACUUCAUGUCCCAUUAAAAGCUUCCUAAUUUAGCUGAUGUAUGUAAUUUAUACAUAUUUAUUGGAUCAUCUCACCAAUUUCCUAUUAGAUUAGUUUUCAGUGGCCUUUUGUUGUAUUGAUCUUGAAAGUGUCUGGAGUCGAUGAAUGAGAGUUAAGGUUAUGCGAUAAAA